GAGUUCCCCCUGUGAGUGCCGAAGCCCUGUGCUCUGCAUUCCGCCGGAGCGCACAGGAACACAGCGGCCACAGGCAGCCCAGUCCCGGGCCGAGAAACAGACUUGUUGUGGGAGGUCAGGGUAAAGCAGGAAAAAGUUGCUUAGCGCGUGUUUUCUGCAGUUGUUCCUCUUGUUUGUGUUGUCGACUCGUCGCUCUGGUUGUGGAAUGUUUUACGUUUCCUUUGAGAGCUGUCUGAACUGUGAGAGAAAGUGGUUCAACUCCGCUUUUUAAGGUACUAGUCUUACACUAUCCAGACACCAGACUGUUGCUGCACCAUGGUGAUCAUGACGGAGAAUGGCCGGGGGGCUCAGUCCAGACCUGCACAGGGAAGGCCCCUGCAGGUCGGCUUCUACGAGAUCAUCCGCACCCUGGGGAAGGGGAACUUUGCAGUGGUGAAACUGGCGAAACAUAAAGUCACCAAAACACAGGUGGCCAUUAAAAUCAUUGACAAGACCAGACUGAACCCCUCCAACCUGGAGAAAAUCUACAGAGAGGUGCAGAUAAUGAAGCUGCUGAACCACCCCCACAUCAUCAAACUGUACCAGGUUAUGGAGACCAAAGACAUGCUGUACAUUGUAACAGAGUACGCAAAGAACGGAGAAAUGUUUGACCACCUGACCUCAAACGGCCGUAUGAGCGAAGAUGAGGCACGAAAGAAAUUUUGGCAGAUCCUCACAGCUGUGGACUACUGCCAUCGACACCACAUCGUUCACCGCGACCUAAAAACUGAGAACCUGUUGCUGGAUGCCAAUAUGAAUAUCAAACUGGCUGAUUUUGGAUUUGGGAACUUCUACAAUGCAGGGGAACCUCUGUCCACAUGGUGUGGCAGCCCACCAUACGCUGCACCUGAAGUGUUUGAAGGGAAGGAGUACGAGGGGCCUCAACUGGACAUCUGGAGCCUUGGUGUCGUGCUUUAUGUCCUUGUGUGUGGCUCUCUUCCAUUCGAUGGACCCAGCCUUCCUGCACUCAGACAGAGAGUCACUGAGGGACGGUUCAGAAUUCCUUUCUUCAUGUCCCAAGACUGUGAAAACCUGAUCCGUAAGAUGCUAGUUGUGGACCCAGCCAGGAGGAUCAGCGUGGCCCAGAUCAAGCAGCACCGCUGGAUGCUUGCAGACCCAACAGCCGCCCACCAGACCCUCAGCCAUUCCCUGACCGAGUACAAUUCAAACCUGGGGGACUACAGUGAGCCUGUGCUGGGCAUCAUGAACACACUGGGCAUCGACAGGCAGAGAACUAUCGAGUCUUUGCAGAGCAGCAGCUACAACCACUUCUCUGCUAUAUACUACCUGCUGCUGGAGAGAGUUAGAGAGCAUCGCAGCCAGCAGCUGAGCCGCCAGUGUGGGACCUGGAGCCAGAGACCCAGGAGCACCUCUGACUCCACCAGCCCAGAGGUGAUCAUGGAGUCCACAGACAGCCUUAGACCUGCAGCAUUUUCAGUCCCAACUAACAGCCCUCCUCCAGUGUACUCAGAGGAAUGUGACCAAGGUGGACUGUUUCAGCGUGUGGUGUUUCCAGUGGAAGCCAGCUUGAACAGACUGCUCUGGAACCGCUCCAUCUCACCCAACAGCCUGCUGGAGACGAGCAUCAGCGAAGAGGUGCGACCCAGGGACCUGGAGGAGGAGGAGGCGACGCAGUCUCUUGGGCCUCUACUCCCUCCUACCACCACUUCACGCAGACACACUCUGGCUGAGGUGUCAGCCCGCUUCCAUCAGUGCAACCCUCCAUGUAUUGUGGUCAGUCCCUCAGAUGGUGCCUCCUCGGACAGCUGUCUGAAGUCCUCAUCCAGUCCUGCCCCCACUUUGCAAGCUGCUAUGGGUGAGAUGUCAACACUUCUGGCCUCGGGGGCUGAAGGUGGAGCUCUUCUUCCUGCUGGAGCGCCCCUGACCCUCUCCUCCCACCUCCUGCCCCAGGCCCAGGGCAGCCUGCCUGCUGCCAGCUUCCAGGAGGGUCGCCGAGCCUCAGACACCUCCCUUACUCAAGGCCUCAAAGCUUUCCGCCAGCAGCUGAGGAAAAACACACGCACUAAAGGGCUUCUGGGAUUAAAUAAGAUCAAGGGUCUGACGCGGCAGGUCGUUCCUCCGCCCUCCUGUAACCGCGGCAGCCGGGGGUCACUGGGUCCAGCCCUGUCCGAGCACCGCAACAUGCUGGAGGAGGUGCUGCACCAGCAAAGGAUGCUCCAGAUCCAGCACCAACCCCAGCCUCAGGUCCAACCCCCUCAGGCAGGACCUCCACAGAACCCCCUGCUCUUUCUGGCCCAGCAGCAGUCACCCUCUCCUCCACCUACUACCGUGUUUGCGACCUCCUCCAUGUUCGACACCCCUUCCACCCUGCCUCCUCAGCAAGCUUCAGUGGGCCUCCAGCACAGACCCUGGCAACAAACCCUGGAGACCUCGUCCUCUGGCUGCUCCUCAUCCUGCUACUCCUCCUCUCUGUCACCCGUGGCCUCCGCUGCUUACCUUCUUGAGGCUCGUCUGCACAUCAGCCAGCAAAGCCGCCAACACCCCCACGCCGGCCUCCAACAGCAGCCCCAGACUGCAGCACAAAGCACCUUCCCCAUCAUGUCGAAGCCAGUGAUGUGGAGCAUGGGCUCGGUGUCCAGCACAGAUCCUGACAUGCAGGAGCUGGGUCGGGCUGCACAGCAGCAGCUCAGCAGCUGUGUGAUGGUGAAGUAAAACAUCAGGGGGACUAGCAUUUGUUCUCUCUGUGGGAGACGCUCAAAUCUUGAUUCAGAGCGAAGAUGGGAGAAAGAACAAAAAUCAGAUGCAAGCGACUAACUUUAUUUAAUGGUACACAUGUGAGAAUGUGUCCACACACGUAUGUUGUGUUUGCUUUUGAUAUCAUAUAAGCUACAGACUAAGCAAUAACCAAACUCUGGACAAGGUGUUUGAGACAGCCAGAGAAGCAAUAAUAGACUGAAAGAGUCUCCUUCAGCUCCCUGUUGGAUUCACCUGAAUGAAAUGAGAGCUGACGUCAUGAUACGAUUCUGUCUCACAUGAUUUGAUGCUGUUUUGAAUACAGGAAGGCUCUUCUGCUUUCUCUUUUUAGUGUCAUUUCCUCUUCUCAAUGUUUUCCACUUGACUGGACAGAAGACCAAAAUUAUUUCGUUUUUUCCCACUUUGUUCGCCUUUUCUCAAGAGACAUUUCUCUGUAGCAGUGCAAUGGACAUGCAGCAUAGUGCCCUAAGCUUACAAACUGAAGGAGUUGAUAUGUAUUGAAACUGUGAGCUUUCUUUAUUUUGUGCAGGAUUAUUAUAGCUGCGCAAAUGCUGCUUUUUACCUCAAAGCUGCAAAAAGAAUGCUACAUCCUCAUCAGCCAAAAAACUGAAGAUGGUGUCUCGCUGAUUGAGUGAAACACAACAGGUACAUCGGUCAGCUUGUUAGAACCUUACAUAUGUAGAUCCAUCGAUCUGUAUUCCCUCCGUUUGAUAAGCACCUUCUUGUUAGAUGCUUCUACUACCUCCUCAGGCAGAAAUUUGGAAGCAAACAUCAAUCUGAGAAUAUCAGAGGAAACAUGAUUUUCAUAUGUACAGAACAAAGACUGUGGGAACAGUGCAAUAUUUCACAUUGAAAUACAAAGGAAAGCUCUACGUAGGAUGAUCAAAAUGUACAUGCAUAUUUGCCUGAGGUUUUUUUGCUUUUUUCUAUUUGCUUUUCAUUUUGUUUUGCUGUGCUAGCUAGCUGACUAGAGCCGGUACUAGUUCUGUAACAUAAUAACAUGAUACUGUAGAAACCGAGACGAAAGACUCAAGGCAUGUCGCAAUGCUGUCUCUUCCCACAUCGGCUUGUAGUCCUUUAACCGAAAAAGAAGAAUUUGGGUUUUACCAAAGAGUGAACAGCACAAGAGAUGGGUGACCUAUCACAAACACACUACUGACUUCUCACUUUGAAUGCUGUCUCAAAAUGUAGCAUGGUGGCUAGUUAGCAUUUUUCACAUGAUCUUCUUAGCUUUUCGCAGUGAGAAAAAGUCCUGCUGCCACCAAACUCCCAAAUGCUACACGUGUUGUUGAUAUCUCUAGCUUUUACUAUCAGGACCAUGGUGGUAUUCAUUUUUUGUACUUUUCUAGAAAAGAAGAUGGAAAAAAAGAAAGAAAAAAAAAAUCAGAACAUAGCAAUACCAUG